GACUGACUGAUGAAAGUGAUGUUAAAAGCUUGGCUGGCUGCGCGCGCGCGUGUGCGUUAAAGCUUCGGGUGCAGGAGAGAGUGGGAGGAGCAGGGAGUACUCCAGUCCAAUCCGAGUAAAGCCUCCUCUGCACGCUCUUCCCUCCCUCCCUCCGCCGGCAGAAAGCAGUGAAACCCUCCCAUAGGUGAGAGCGCAGAUGUCAUGAGAAAAGCGGCCACACGACCAGAGCGCACCGAGCGACGCACCGACAGACCUCAGCCCGCCUCCCUGCGCCCCGGCUUGGGAUGCUUUUAGCGCAGAGACGCUUCCGCACAGGGCAGCCCGUGGACGCACAACCUCCAUCCACGCUCUCGUCGUCGUUGCUGUUGUUAUUUUUGAACGAGGAUCUUUCCCUCCGCGCUUUGUAGAAAGUGUUUAUGUUUGUUUCUUCAUGACUGCUGCUUUGGGAAGCGAGCCUCAGCACCAGCUCCUGCAACGCCAACACGAUGCGAGCCCAAAUCGAAGUUAUACCAUGCAAAAUCUGUGGAGACAAAUCAUCCGGAAUCCAUUACGGAGUCAUUACGUGUGAAGGAUGUAAGGGUUUCUUCAGACGGAGCCAGCAGAACAAUGCCUCGUAUUCCUGCCCCCGCCAGAGGAACUGCCUCAUCGACAGAACAAACCGCAACCGCUGCCAACACUGCCGCCUGCAGAAAUGUCUUGCACUAGGAAUGUCCAGAGAUGCUGUUAAGUUUGGCCGCAUGUCAAAGAAGCAACGUGACAGCCUGUAUGCAGAGGUGCAGAAGCACCAGGCCCGGCUGCAGGAGCAGCGGCAGCAGCAGACUGGUGAAGCUGAAGCACUGGCUCGUGUUUACUCCACCAGCCUAACCAACGGACUAUCCACGCUCAAUCAUGAAAUCGGAGGGACAUAUGCCAAUGGUCACGUCAUAGACCUACCCAAAGGCGGCCAUAGUAACGGAGGUGGAAUUCCAGGGGGCUACUAUGGGAUGGAUUCUACCCAGCCGUCUCCAGAUCAGUCGGGUUUGGACAUGUCAGGCAUGAAGCACAUUAAGCAGGAGCCGGUUUAUGACCUUACCCCCGUACCCAACCUCUUCAGCUACGGAGGCUACCAGGAAAGUCAUCUCGGGCCUAACAAUGUCAGCAUGGGAGAGCUCGAUCGUAUUGCUCAAAAUAUUAUCAAGUCUCAUUUGGAGACUUGUCAGUACACAACAGAAGAGCUCCAGCAGCUGGCUUGGCAGACACAUUCCUAUGAAGAGAUCAAAAUGUACCAGAGCAAGCCCCGGGACGUGCUGUGGCAGCAGUGUGCCAUCCAGAUUACCCAUGCAAUCCAGUAUGUAGUGGAGUUUGCCAAGCGCAUCUCAGGCUUCAUGGAACUGUGCCAGAAUGACCAAAUCCUCCUACUCAAGUCAGGUUGUUUGGAGGUAGUGUUGGUCAGGAUGUGCAGAGCCUUUAACCCCCUCAACAACACUGUGCUCUUUGAAGGAAAGUACGGUGGCAUGCAGAUGUUCAAAUCUCUAGGUUGUGACGACUUAGUAAGUGCAGUGUUUGACUUUGCCAAGAGUCUGUGCUCACUGCAGCUAACAGAGGAGGAGAUUGCUCUUUUUUCGGCAGCUGUACUAAUUUCUACAGAUCGACCCUGGCUGAUGGAACCUCGAAAAGUUCAGAAGCUCCAGGAGAAGAUCUACUUUGCUCUUCAACACAUUAUGCAGAAGAACCACAUGGAUGAAGAUGCACUGGCUAAGCUGAUCAGCCGAAUCCCAACACUGUCAGCUCUGUGCACGCUCCACACGGAGGAGCUCCAGGCCUUCCAGCAACUCCACCCAGAAACGGUCAACGUCCUCUUUCCUCCGCUCUACAAAGAACUUUUUAACCCUGACCCUAACUCCGCCAUGGUUAUGCCCAAGUGACUGCCUGUGGUCCAAAUGCAGCAAACAGCAAAAGACCAAGAAAUUAAGUUUGUUUCAAUCGACAAGAAGACUGAGGCCACGUCAACUACGCCAUCGUUGUGGCAACGGCAGAUUCCCGAGCUCCCCCAGGCUCAUUUCAGGCUCCAUCUCCAAGAAACUCUGAGUUACAGCCAACAAUACCAGGAAUGUCCAGCACUUACCCCAUCCUGUUCACCGCUACAGUCUGAAGAAUGUAUAUAUGAACAAAGCGUGCCCCAAGCCACAGCCUAAAUGGGGCUUCCAGUUGUCUCCUUAAUUGAACUGACUCACCAGAAAUGUACAGACUUUGAAACGACUAGGAACAAUUUUAAACUGUCAAUUUAAAAAAAAAAAAGUCGGUAAGUUAAUUUGAUUCAACUUUCUUAAAACUUUUUUUUCCUUUGUUAAGACAUUUUCAAGUUGAAACAACUGGGUGGGGUAGGGAACUGUGGAGAUAGAAAAGCUACUGUAGAUACUCUUCUAGUGCGAAAGGAUUCCAGUAUUACUUCUUGUUCUGUUAAAAAUAAGUUAGUCCUAAUUUAAAUAUGCAGCAGUCCAGCGUGGCUGACUAUACUUUGUCUAUGUGUUUUCAUUUUAUUUGAUAGUUUCUUGUGUACAGAAUUUGUAAACUUAAGAAAAAUGGGCAAAAACAAGAAGUUGAUUUGGUUUUGCUGAUAUACAAAAGCCUUGUCUGGAUUUUGUUCAUAUGUAUAGAAGGUGCUACAUCCUUCUGACCGGAACUUAUAGAAAUGUAAAGAGACCAUAAGAAGGAUUUAAAAAAAAAAGAAACUAAUUGCUAAUACUUUUCAUGGUGAAGAUGUAUACAGAAAUGUUCUAUUUUGCAAGAAAAACUAUCUGGCAGGUUUGCCAGCCUAUCAAUCGUUUAUUUUUUGCUGCAAUAAUUACGCCCAAUAAAAGCUGGACUGCUUUCGAACAAUCAACGAUAGACAAACAAACAAACAAAAAAAAUCAGAAACAAGGACCUCACAUUGACCUCUUCACAAAAUCCCCCUACUCCUCUUUUCCUCUGAACAAUCAGGACCUUGAUGUCAUGUUUGGGCACACAUGAGUGGGCAUACAGUGUGUCAAAAUUAAGAUGUGAAUCUAUAAUUGACCAAUUAAAAAUAGAGAAAAAAACAUUUUGCUCAAAUAUAUAUGGGUGGUGUAUGCACUCAUCCUUCUAUUUGCACAAUCCGUUCUAUGGAUGUCAAUCACUCCGGGCUGUGAAUAUGUAGGACCCUUUUCCUAAAGAGCAAUAACUCCUCUCUCAUACUCCCCUUUCAAAUCUUCAGAACAGGGUAGCAUUGUUAACUUAAGACACACGAUAUGUUGCUUUUUAUUGUUGAUCAUGACGAAAAAUCAUCUCUGUAGAUGCAACCCAUUCCAGCUCAGACUGCUGUUGUCCCUACAGUACAGUGUGAUGUUGAGUUUGGACUCACAGCACUGACUGAAAAAUGUGAAGAAAGGAAUCCUUUUAGAGUUCUUACAUUUGCUGCAAUUUCAAGCACUUACAGUUUGCAUUAAAAAAACAUUUUACAUCAGUUAAGUUAUUGUGGAAUCCCCAUCCUUGUAAAGGGACGUGUUCAAACAUGAUAUUUUAAGGAUUUUCAACAUAAAUUAACUAUUCUUCAGAUGUUACACUUACAGUUUGUCCUCAAUUGCACAAAUUAAUUAGCACAGGAUCCUACGCGCAACUAAAUUAAUCAUUCAAUGGUACUGCUUUACAACUUCCUUUUUCUCUAUUGUGUUUAAUUUAAUUUAUUUAGGAGAAUAAUUUGUUUAUUUUGCUGUUAAAUUACACGAUUUUGAGGACUUUGACCUAGCACUAAAAUGGAAGAUCUAACUUUGAGGUUCAGGCUGGAUUUUUUUGCACUGUGGCCAAAUUUUUGACUUUUCUCACACGAAAACUAUUCAGAAAAAAUAACGUAAAAAGGUGUUUUCUUGCUUUAGUUCAAGAUUUUCCUAUUAACACUGAAAAUAUUUUUGACUUUAUUGAGAAUUAUAAAUCAUGAUAAGUUCUCGUAUUUCUGCUUCAAGCUGUCAGCGAGUCUUUUAUCUGUUCCUUCCAAAGUGCAGCGACUUCCCCACAACCCCAGACAGGCCCACGGAUUAGAGGCACUGGCUCUUUAAGACAAUCACUUGCUCAUUAAGGCUUGAAUCUCUCAGGGAGCAAUUUUUUCUGACUUUGCAUUAAAGGGUAUAAUAUUUUUGCAAAUUUACUAAAAAAAAAAAAGCAGAUUAUUAAAUAACUUUUUAGGAUGAAAAAUUGGCAUAUAUAAAUAUAUGCCAGCAAUGGAAUCUGCCCAGACAAGGCUUUGAUAGAGUGUGUGUGUGUGUGUGUGUGUAGAGCAUGAAUUCACUGUCCAAAUCUCACCAGAGAGAUCAUGUGAAAAAACAUCUUUAAAUUGCAAAAAAUUGAAAACAAGCAGAUGAGAAGUGAUUUUGCUCUUGUCAAAUAUGUACAAUCACAUUUGCUGCCUCAGAAGCAGCUCCGGGGACAGCGAGGGAAGUUAACCAGUAAUCUGUUAUUUAAACACAACAGCCCAGGGACAGUGAAUUCUAACUCUUGCUAUGACACUUUUGCGUGAGACAUUUUUGUUUUCCCUCGUUAGACUGUGAAUCAAAGGGGUGGAAUUGGGUUGUGAGGGGAAAUGUGCUGGCAAGAAAGAGGCAACACUGUAAGUAAGAUGCUGUAGCAAUAACUGGCAGUUUACUCCUGUCAUGUUUGCAUUGUAAGAUUAUUUUUUAUUUUAUGACUAUUUACUAUUAUUAUUGUUCUUAUUAUGACUACUAUUCUUCUGAUACUAUUAGCCUAUUGUUGUUCUGUUCUAUUUGCAUGACGUUUCAUUGAAUUGAAACAUUCGGGGCUUAUUUGUGUUUUUCUCCUCUAGUGAUACUGUGGGUUUUGGCAGGGAGGGAAAAGGGUUAGGGGCAAACUCCACAUCACUUGAGUCAGUUUGAAGCUUUUUUUUUUUUUUUGCAAGCUGAACAAUAUUUUUUAAUAAAAUGCUCUAAUUUAUACACAACCAAUUUUAAAAUUUGUUGUUGCUUUUGAUUUUUUUUUUUUUUUUUACCCCUUUCAUCUCUGAAUGUGUGAAUUGAUGAUCGGCCCUUCUGAACUGGCCUUAUUCAGCUGGAUUGGAGAUCCUAUACCUGCUGUGAAGUGUGUGAAUGUUACAGAGUAGCCUGUUCGGUGUGAGCGGCUGAAUGCAUCAUGCGCCUUUCACGCUCCAUCGCGGCAGAAUAGCAUAACAGAGCGCACAACGGGGAUUGUCGUUCUCUGUGACGAACUGCUCAGACAUUUUUAAUACACUCGGUUUGAAAAGCAUUUCAUACACUCGGUCAAAUACACUCCAAACCUCCAUCAGCCUUUCCUAAUAAAACUUGUCUGCGUGUGUGUUUGUGAGACAAAAAAAUAAAAAAAGAGAGAUGUUUGUUGUACCAAUGCUUUGUAAACUUUCUUAAUGCAUUACAAAUGUGUGCAAAUGGGGUAGUGUUGGAAAUUGUUAAUUUAUUGUUUAGAAUGUCUUUGCGUCCCAGAAAGAGCAAAUAAAACUAAAUGUAGCAAACUGUACCCUGAACCUGAAAGGAACUUGGGCUACAGAACCUCUUUUACACAGGACUGACAAGACAAAACGAGAAGAUGAAAAAUAUAUAUUCAAGAAAAAAAAGAAAAAAAAAAUGUUCUUUGUUUUUUUAAGUGCCAUAGCUAGUGAGGAGGGAAAGGAUUGGAUAAGUGGGCACAGAUGCUUUACUGUGAGUUUACAAGAGAAAACCAAUCAUAAAAGGGGAACUCCAAUGAACAUGUGUUUUGAUUACAAUGACUUUUUUUUUCAUUUUGUGGUUUUCUGAUUUUGUGGGGACUCUGCAGGAUUCUGAACUCUGACUCUGAAUUAAAGCCACAACCUCUGCUGUAGCUUUUUGUUGUUGCUCAGAGAGGAAGGAGUGUUCAUAUGCAAGUAUUUUGUAGAGUCAGAAACACCUAAAACUGAAGGAUCAGAUGGGUUGAAGUUCAGAGCUAUGCAGGGGCCUUAGCAAGUCCUCCUUUUAGAUGUAUAUACAAUGUGAAGGUAAUUUUUGUUAAAUUCUAUAUUUUAUCGCUUUUGUAGACAUUUUGUUGUGGGAAGAAAAAAAUAAAAGAAAUUUUAUGGGUGCA